UCAGUUGUGCAUGUACCUGGUUGAAUGUAGAAUUCCUGCAUAUAACAUCCAGAAAAGUUUGCAGAUGCGGCAUUCCAAACAAUCCCACUGUCCCGAGUGGGACGACCGGAGGAGCUGGGACCAGAGGAAGCACAGCAGCAGCCGCAAGCGCAGGAAGAGGUCCCACAGCAGUGGACAAGACAGCAAGCACUAUAAGUCAAAUCACAUUUCAGAAAGUCAUUAUUUGGACGAUAGAGCCAUAAAUGAAAGAGACCAUCAUGACCGGAGAUAUGUUGAGGAAUACAGAAAUGACUUCUGUGAAGUGUAUGACCACAGGCAUUAUCACAGAGACUAUGAAAAGAGUCACCAUCAUCACUAUAGCAAAUCCUCUGGUCGGAGCAGGAAAAGUAGUCAUAAAAGGAAGCAUAAGAGGCAUCAUUGCUCCAGUCACCAAUCGCAUUCGAAGAGUCACCGAAGGAAAAGAUCCAGGAGUGUAGAGGAUGAUGAGGAGGGUCACCUGAUCUGUGAAAGUGGAGACGUUCUAAGAGCAAGAUAUGAAAUUGUUGCGACUUUAGGAGAAGGAGCUUUUGGGAAAGUAGUGGAGUGCAUAGAUCAUGAUAUGAGAGGAAUGCAUGUAGCAGUUAAAAUUGUGAAAAAUGUUGGUAGAUACCGGGAGGCAGCCCGUUCUGAAAUACAGGUGUUGGAGCACUUGAACAACAUGGAUCCAAGCAGCAAUUUCCGCUGUGUCCAGAUGCUGGAAUGGUUUGAUCACCACGGCCACGUUUGCAUUGUGUUUGAGCUACUGGGACUUAGUACUUAUGACUUUAUUAAGGAAAACAGCUUUCUGCCAUUUCAUAUUAAUGACAUUAGAAAUAUGGCUUAUCAAAUUUGCCAGUCUAUAAACUUUUUACACCAUAAUAAAAUAACUCAUACAGAUUUAAAGCCUGAAAAUAUCUUGUUUGUGGAGUCUGAUUACAUAGUGAAGUACAAUGCUAAAAUGAAGCGAGAUGAACGCACUUUAAAAAACACAGACAUCAAAGUGGUGGAUUUUGGAAGUGCGACUUUUGAUGAUGAGCACCACAGCACAUUAGUGUCUACGAGGCAUUAUAGAGCUCCUGAGGUUAUUUUAG